CUGCUAACGCUACAUCAAAUGAUAUUGGCGGUCGAAAGAGUUUCUAACCCGGUUGAAUACUUUAAAUUUAAGUGAUUACUGUAUUCAUCGUUUAAAAACAUGUCAGGAAAAAAUGAUGUUAAUUCUUUGAAGGAUCAAAAUGAAAAGAAUAAGCAUAAAGUACAUUGUACGUUUUGUCCGUCAAAGAUGCUGAACGUUGGUGCGGCCCGACUAGUAAAUAUUGAGUUUAAUCUACCGUAUAUACACCACAAAGGAGAAGGUGAAGCUGAUCAGCAGGAAUUGAUAACAGAUUAUUGGUUGGUGGAAGAUAUGUACACAUUUGAAAACAUUGGAGCGUCUCAUACGGUAGACAACAUAAAAUAUUUAGCAUGUGCAGAUUGUGAAAGAGGUCCUGUUGGAUGGCAUGAUCUAUCUACUAAGAAGUCAUACAUUGCAUUAAGUAGAGUUAAGCACGAAUGAUUUAUAAAUAAAGUUAUUUUUUAAUUUUA